AGUGGCUUAUCCACGAUCAUUAGAACCAGAGCUUCAAUUUCUACGCUGCGCAUACUGACGAAGACGAUAUUCUCGGUGAGUGAGAGAUCUUUCAAGUGUAGAAAUGGAGCUCCGGAGUUACUGCGGAGGAGCGGCAAUGGCGGUGUUUGUUUUAGUGUUUUCUUCUGUAAUGGUGGUGAGUGUUUUGGCUACUUCCAGAUUGGCUGAGAUCUCCGCUGCUGGUGAGUUGCUGAGGCGGAAUCUGCUUGCAAAUGGCCUUGGAGUUACUCCUCCGAUGGGAUGGAAUAGCUGGAAUCAUUUUGCAUGCAAUAUCAAUGAAAACAUGAUUAAAGAUACCGCUGAUGCUUUGGUCUCCACUGGGCUUUCGAAGCUUGGAUAUGAAUAUGUCAAUAUCGAUGAUUGCUGGGCUGAGAUAGCUCGUGACGAUAAGGGUAAUCUGGUGCCGAAGAAAUCGACGUUUCCGUCUGGCAUGAAGGCUCUUGCAGAUUAUGUUCACGCCAAGGGUCUUAAGCUUGGAAUCUAUUCAGAUGCUGGGUAUUUUACUUGCAGUAAAACCAUGCCCGGCUCUCUUGGUCAUGAGGAACAAGACGCUAAAACCUUUGCUUCAUGGGGGAUUGACUAUUUGAAGUAUGAUAAUUGCAACAAUGGUAACAUUAAGCCAACCGUUAGAUAUCCGGUCAUGACUCGAGCGCUGAUGAAGGCCGGGCGACCCAUCUUCUUCUCUCUUUGUGAAUGGGGAGACCUGCACCCUGCUUUGUGGGGUGAUAAGUUAGGAAACAGCUGGAGAACUACCAACGACAUUAACGAUUCGUGGGAAAGUAUGAUUUCUAGAGCAGACCUUAAUGAACCAUAUGCCGAUUUCGCACGGCCUGGUGGCUGGAACGAUCCUGAUAUGCUUGAGGUGGGAAAUGGAGGGAUGACUAAAGAUGAGUACAUUGUCCACUUUAGUCUUUGGGCCAUUUCCAAGGCUCCCCUUCUUCUUGGUUGUGAUUUGAGGAAUCUAACAAAAGAAACAAAGGAGAUCAUUACAAACACGGAAGUCAUUGCAGUUAACCAAGAUCCCCUCGGUAUCCAGGCCAAGAAGGUCAGAAGCGAAGGCGACCUAGAGGUCUGGGCAGGACCUCUCUCCGACUACCGAGUAGCACUCGUGUUGCUGAACCGUGGCCCAUGGCGCAGUUCGAUCACCGCCCAAUGGGACGACAUCGGAAUCCCUCCAAACAGCAACGUUCGAGCAAGAGAUCUUUGGGAGCACACUACUUUGAAGACCAUCUUUGUAGCGAAUUUGACAGCCACUGUGGAUUCUCAUGCCUGCAAACUCUACAUUUUGAACCCAAUUUCUUGAGGUUAAAGACAUUGUUGGCUCGGCAGAAAUAAGGUUUUAAGCUGAUUUAUGGAACAUUCUUAUGAACAUCUUUGUUCAAUGCUUUGUUUUUAAAGCUGGGCUGUUAGUUUGAGGAAAAAGAAAUAAAAGGUUCCCAACAUUUCAUAUAU